CGCAGGAGUACAAAAGAACACGCAGUUAUGAUUGAGAAGAAAAGGAAGACAAUGAAUAGGAUAUGAACAAGGACAAGAAAAGGACUAAGUCGAGAAAAGUCCAGAAGUUUAGUCAAUGACGUUUGCCAGCAAGCUUAAAUCUUUUUGCACUCCGGAGUGACAAUGGCAACUACCCUAUGGCAAAUAGGACUCCGGGGGAAAGCUUGUGUGGUCCGAAAGAGCCAGGACCGUGACAAGAAUCGAAGAGGAAAUGUCAAUCUCUUAAAGUCAUGGGCCGCAGGGUCCAAGCUCAGGCACACAUGUUGGCCCUUCCGUACAGCGGCUGAACCCCAAGACUGGAUCCAGCUGGUCCUGACAUUCUUCUCGUCGUCGUGGACCAACCAUCCUGAUGGGCUAUCAGACGGUCGAUUGAUGGUUGAGAAUAUGCUUAAGACUCUGUAUGGCGUGGUAAGUGAUGUGGUAAUCACCCAUGUCAGCGAUAAUGAGUUGGCAGCUCAGAAAGCCCUUGUUUGCUUCGUAAGAGCCCAUUUACUCCUGACGUCGUUCAAUUCACCAGCUGCCUUUGGCAGUG